AUGACACUUCCAAGUGAAGGAGUACCUAAAGAUGAUAUGGAACAAGGGUGUGGAGAUAGUGAUGAAGUUUUAGGGGCAUCAAUGAGCAUAAGCGGGGAGUUUAAUUCAGUCACAUUCGUUGAUAAUAGUGGAGGAAGUAGAGGCAACACUAUGAUGAGACAGAAAACCAUUCAUGGAGGUAGAAGCACAGGUGGGGUUCGACCCAUUAGCUUAUUACAGGUUAGAAAAAAGAAUGAAUCUAUAAAGAAGAAACCCACUUCCACUAUGAAAAUAGCGGAUGCACUAAGCAGGAUAUCUCAAGUGAAUGAAAUUGAUGCUCAGCGUGAACAUGAAGAAAUUUCAGAAGCAUGUGCUAGGAGGCUAGAAGAAGAAGCACGUGCUUAUGAGAAGUCAAUUGCGGGAGUCAUGGAGCACCUUAAUGAAGUUGAUGAAGUUGUUGAUGAUCCUGAUUUGUUUGGCUGGUGCACAACACUCCUUAUGAAGGAGCCAGUUGCAAAAGAAAUGUAUGUGGCUCUGAAGAAUAAGAGGAAGAAACUUCUGAUCUUCUUGAAGCACGCAACUAAGGAUUGA